AAACGUUUCUUCACUCUACCAACUUGCCGGAGACGAGACGGAAACACAGUUGAAGUGAAACCCCUGCGGCAGAAAUUGCAUUCAUUCAGACAAAUAGAAACAGCGAUGAGCGAUAAAGGCGGCGGAACGGAGGCGCAGCGGUACGCGUGGGGCGGCGCCGUACCACUUCAGAUUCAUCUCGACGAUUCCGAAGUCACAACGCUUCCCCCGCCACCGCCUGCUUUGAUAUUGGCGCCUCGGUUGGGGUAUUUGCCUCUGUUGGUAUCUCAGAUUAAGCCAUUCUUUAGCAGUUCUCUACCGCCUGGAGCUGACACCGUAUGGUUCGAGUACAAAGGAUUGCCGCUCAAAUGGUAUAUACCUACAGGGGCACUUUUCGAUCUUCUUUGUGCAGAACCAGAAAGGCCUUGGAACUUAACUAUACAUUUCAGAGGAUAUCCAGGAAAUAUAUUGACCCCUUGUGAAGGUGAAGAUAGUGUAAAGUGGAGCUUCAUUAAUGCUCUAAAAGAGGCAGCGUAUAUAAUCAAUGGCAAUUGCAAGAAUAUCAUGAAUAUGUCUCAAUCUGAUCAAGCAGAACUUUGGCGCUCUGUCUUAAAUGGCCAGCUUGAAGCUUACGUUCGUGUUUCUUCCAAACUCAAACUUGACAUUGUUGGAGAUGAAUUUUCUCUCAAGUUGAACUCUUCGACACCAAAGUCUGACCAAACCGUAAAUACUGAUUUAGAUGCUACUGGAACAACAAGGACAGGUAAAGUUCCUGUUCGGUUAUACAUACGGACUAUUGAUGAAGAUAUUGACGACAUAGAAGAUGCCCCUAUUGUCGAUAGCUGGGAAAAAAUUUCUUACAUAAACCGUGCUGUUGAGUUUCAUGGUGAAGAAAAAUGUUUUAGUUUGCAUGAUGCAAUAAAAUAUCUAUUACCGGAGAUGUUUACAGAGGAAGUAGCCCCCACAGUAGGUUCUUCCGAUACAGGUGAAGCACAGGUGGAGGAGGGCGAGCAAAUAUCAGGUGCAGACAGCUCCACUGAAAAAGUGUUACGACCAGAGAUAAAGCUAGUUCGCAUUCAGGGAAUCGAGCCGCGAUUGGAAAUUCCAUUCAGCUGGGUCGUUAACAACUUGAUGAACCCUGAACACUACCUUCAUAUUUCUAUAUAUCUCAAACUUGUCCCUAUAUCAUAAAUGUUUUUUUAUAUAUAUGUAUAUAUAUAUUUCAAUUCCGAAUGUACAGAAUUGACUGUCGUUGAAGUGUAUAGACCCGUUGAACGGAAUUUCAUUAUGAGAAAGUUAGCAGAACCAUUGUUUUGGGCAACAGUUUUUGAUUUUGCGA